AUGAAGAUGACAGAUUCAAUACAAUCCCGCUCACAUACACGUUCGCGAUCUCAUGUUCUUUCCACUGGGUCAGUUGCAGUUGAUGAUGAUGAUUCUUCACACUCAUGCUCUGCCAGUGGACAUCCUCCUGAAGCCUUUGAAAGCUCCAUUGUUGAAACACCCUCUCAAUUCGAAGCUCGUUUGAAUACAGCUUCUGACACGCUUGAUGAAGCUGGUUCUCUUGAUGAGAAUAUUGGACACUCAGAUGUCUACCGUUCGGGCGGGGCAAUAUCAGACCAACAGAUGGAACAUCUCAAGAUGACAUUUGAGAUAGAGAAGAAGAGGCGUAGAGUUCUAGAACUCGAACUACAACUGGAAAAACUCCGUCAACAGAGAUUCUCUACGGAUCAAUCACAGAAUGUCAACAAUCAUUCUGUCACCACCUCAACAGCUACAACAGCUACAACGCACAACCUGAAGGUUCUACUCAAUGCGGCUGCGGCGAUUCCUUCAGCGACACCAGGCCUACUGACUGCGGCCCGUCAAGAGACUGCAGUGAUUCCUGAUUCAUCAAUUGAUGAUCUGUUCAUUGAUGAGGAAAUCCAAUCUGAGUGUCCAUUAUUUCUCAUACUCACUAAUAAUUGGUGGAUUGACUAUGAUAUCUCCGCGAGAAUACCUACCUUUUUAGUGCAGAAUACACUGAACUCCCCAGAACCCACAGUUGAAUCUGAUGAUUCUCUGACAUCUACAAGGAAUAUCACUACAGUGAGGGAAGCUUCAGUGAGAGACAGUCUUGAAGACCUACUCACCGAUCCCGAGAUUGCUGCACUUCCAAUCCUGAAAAACCUCACACACGUCAAAGCUUCCAUGGAAUGA